AUGGAACCCAAAAUCGACGCCUACCUCACAGAGCCCGAUCUUGUGGUGCUGAACAACCUUUUUGGCGAUGUCUCUCAAGGCCUUCGCACGGAGACGAAGCCCUCGGAUUCAGUCCCGCCACCAGAGACCAUUGACAAGAUUGCAUCCACCAAGCAGGAUUUCACCGAAAAUGACCAGACCGCUCUGGAUCGACUAAAGGCUCUCAACGAUCCCACAAGCCCAGAUUUCAGCCCAACUGUUUUCGUGAUGUGGGACGAAAAGGACAUUCCGCGUGUCCUGAACGAAUACCUCGUCCGGCCUUAUGCCAAAUUGGCCACCAGUAUCGUCCGCCAUCCGACAGAUGUAGUGUUCUUCACACACAUCUUGAUUUAUCUUUUUGUGAUUCUGCCAAGUGCAAUUCGGCUCUUCACGAAUUUCAACUGGAUUCACGGCAUUGCCCACUCGGUCUUCACUUUCUGGUGCGCAGGGUCAUACACUCUCAUGCUACACAACCACAUUCACAACAACGGAGUGCUUUCAAAAGACUGGUCUUGGCUGGACUUCGCCUUCCCAUACGUCACAGAGCCAUUGAUGGGCCAUACUUGGGAUUCGUACUAUUAUCAUCAUGUCAAGCACCACCAUGUCGAAGGGAAUGGCCCGGAUGACCUGUCCUCAACCAUCCGAUACCAGCGGGACGAUGUCUUCCAUUUCCUACACUAUGUUGGGAGAUUUCUUUUCUUCGUUUGGAUCGACCUACCCUUGUACUUCAUCCGCAAGGGUAAGACUGGCCUUGCCGCACGAGCUUUCUGUUCAGAGAUGGCAAGCUAUGCCUUCAUGUACACCAUGACUAGGAUCAACCCAGGAGCUGCUACUUUCGUGUUCUUGGUACCGUUUACACUGUUACGACUUGGGUUGAUGGUUGGAAACUGGGGACAGCACGCUCUUGUCGAUGAGAUUGAGCCAGACUCUGACUUUCGCUCCAGCAUCACACUGGUAGAUGUUCCGAGCAACCGCUUUUGCUUCAAUGACGGCUACCACACAGCCCACCACCUCAAUCCCAGAAGGCAUUGGCGCGAGCAACCAGUACACUUCCUUCAAUCGAAAGAAGCAUAUCGUCAAGGUCGCGCUUUAGUGUUCUACAACAUCGACUACCUGUUCCUCACCUUCAAGCUACUACAAAAGGACUACAUGCAUCUUGCGUCUUGUCUAGUUCCAAUGGGUGAACAAAUUGGCAUGUCCCAGCAGGAGCUGGCUGAUAUGCUACGAACGAAGACGCGGCGUUUCACCGAAGAGGACAUCCAACAGAAGUUCUCUACCGGUGGAGGUGCCAAGCCAAAACGCAAGAGCGUAUCUUGGUCCGCCAUCAUGUCCAGGACCGCAGCAUCGUUGGGUUUGGCAGGCGCUGUGCCGGAGACGAGUCACUUGAAGUCCACAUAG